UUUUCUCGGCCGGCCCGCCCGGCCCCUAACCUGCUCGAACCCAUUCUGCGGUAGAGGCGGCCGGGUCUCUUUAAGGCCCUACCGCGCCUGCGCCUUCGGCUCUCCUGACGCGGCCGGGCCGGACCCCGGAGGAACCAGCUGGCCAGCAGGCGAGGGGCUGGCUGCGGUUCCGACAGUGGCGGUGCCGGGAGGGGUAGGUGAGGGUCGCGAGGCGGCCCUGAGCUUCUGAGUGAGCGUGGUGCUUUUGGGAACGCGGGACGGGCGACCCGUGGAGCCAGGAGCGGGGCCGAGGCGCUGAGACGCGGCGGCGCGGCUGCCGGCUGGAUGGGAAGUUAAUGUUUACGGCGAAGUCUACUCAACGUUUCCAAGGUGGCGACAGACAAAGUUGCAGAAAAGCUGAGCUCUACUCUCUCAUGGGUGAAGAACACAGUAUCGCAUACAGUCAGUCAGAUGGCCAGUCAGGUGGCAAGUCCAUCUGCUUCAUUACAUACCACAUCCUCAUCUACCACACUAUCAACACCAGCCCUUUCACCAUCUUCCCCAUCACAGUUGAGUCCAGACGACUUAGAACUCCUGGCUAAACUGGAAGAACAGAAUAGAUUGUUAGAAACGGAUAGUAAGUCUUUAAGAUCUGUAAAUGGGUCAAGAAGAAACAGUGGCUCUUCUCUUGUGUCAAGUUCAUCAGCCUCUAGCAACCUCAGUCACCUUGAAGAAGAUUCUUGGAUUCUUUGGGGAAGAAUUGUUAAUGAAUGGGAAGAUGUACGCAAAAAGAAGGAAAAGCAAGUUAAGGAACUUGUUCAUAAAGGGAUACCCCAUCACUUUAGAGCAAUAGUUUGGCAACUUUUAUGCAGUGCACAAAGUAUGCCAAUUAAGGAUCAGUAUUCAGAACUCCUGAAAAUGACCUCGCCUUGUGAAAAAUUGAUCCGAAGGGACAUUGCUAGAACUUAUCCUGAACACAACUUUUUUAAGGAAAAAGAUAGCCUUGGACAGGAGGUUUUAUUUAAUGUAAUGAAGGCUUAUUCUUUAGUAGAUCGUGAGGUUGGUUACUGUCAAGGAAGUGCUUUUAUAGUUGGAUUGUUGCUUAUGCAGAUGCCAGAAGAAGAAGCUUUCUGUGUAUUUGUUAAAUUAAUGCAAGAUUAUAGACUUCGUGAACUUUUUAAACCAAGUAUGGCAGAAUUGGGCCUUUGUAUGUACCAGUUUGAAUGUAUGAUACAGGAGCAUCUUCCAGAGCUCUUUGUACAUUUUCAAUCUCAGAGUUUUCAUACCUCAAUGUAUGCAUCAUCCUGGUUUCUGACUAUCUUUCUUACAACUUUUCCACUACCAAUUGCAACAAGGAUAUUUGAUAUCUUUAUGUCUGAGGGUUUAGAAAUAGUGUUUCGUGUAGGAUUAGCACUUCUUCAAAUGAAUCAGGCAGAACUGAUGCAACUUGACAUGGAAGGGAUGUUACAGCACUUUCAAAAGGUCAUUCCACAUCAGUUUGAUGGUGUCCCAGACAAGCUAAUCCAAGCAGCUUACCAAGUCAAAUACAAUUCAAAAAAAAUGAAAAAGCUUGAAAAGGAAUAUACUACAAUAAAAACGAAAGAAAUGGAAGAGCAAGUUGAAAUUAAAAGGUUACGCACAGAAAAUAGACUUUUAAAACAGCGCAUCGAGACAUUAGAAAAAGAAAGUGCUUCCUUGGCAGAUAGAUUGAUACAGGGACAAGUGACAAGAGCCCAGGAGGCUGAGGAAAACUACCUCAUAAAACGGGAGUUGGCCACCAUCAAACAGCAGAGUGAUGAGGCCACUGCUAAGCUGGAGCAAGCUGAAAAUACCAUCAGGAAGCUCCAGCACCAACAACAAUGGCACAAAUGCAGUUCCAACUACAACGAAGAUUUUGUGCUACAGCUAGAGAAGGAAUUGGUCCAAGCCCGACUGAGUGAAGCUGAGUCUCAGUGUGCACUAAAAGAGAUGCAGGAUAAAGUCUUGGAUAUAGAGAAGAGGAAUAACUCCCUUCCUGAUGAGAAUAAUAUCGCAAGGCUUCAGGAAGAACUCAUUGCUGUGAAACUUAGAGAAGCAGAAGCCAUUAUGGGUUUGAAAGAACUUAGACAGCAAGUCAAGGAUUUAGAGGAACACUGGCAGCGCCACUUAGCUCGUACUACUGGGAGAUGGAAAGAGCCACCUAAGAAAAAUGCUAUGAAUGAGUUACAAGAUGAACUGAUGACCAUUCGACUUAAAGAAGCUGAAACACAGGCAGAAAUAAGAGAAAUAAAACAAAGGAUGAUGGAAAUGGAAACACAGAACCAGAUCAAUAGUAACCAUCUUCGAAGAGCAGAACAAGAGGUGAUUAGCCUACAGGAGAAAGUGCAGUAUCUUUCUGCACAGAACAAAGGACUCCUUACUCAAUUAAGUGAAGCAAAGCGCAAACAAGCAGAGAUUGAAUGCAAGAAUAAGGAAGAAGUGAUGGCUGUGAGGCUCCGGGAAGCAGAUAGCAUAGCUGCUGUGGCUGAACUACGACAACACAUUGCUGAGCUUGAAAUCCAGAAAGAAGAAGGAAAGCUUCAAGGACAGCUUAACAAGUCUGAUUCUAACCAGUAUAUUAGGGAACUGAAAGAUCAGAUAGCAGAGCUGAAUCAUGAGCUCAGGUGCCUAAAAGGCCAGAGGGGCUUCUCAGGCCAACCUCCUUUUGAUGGAAUCCACAUUGUCAACCAUUUAAUAGGAGAUGAUGAAUCAUUCCAUUCCUCCGAUGAAGAUUUUAUAGAUAAUUCCUUACAGGAAACCGGUGUUGGUUUUCCUUUGCACGGAAAAUCUGGCUCGAUGUCUUUGGACCCCGCAGUGGCAGAUGGUAGUGAGAGCGAAACAGAAGACAGUGUGCUGGAGACCAGAGAGAGCAACCAAGUGGUUCAAAAGGAGCAGCCCCCGAGAAGAAGAGAGUCGUAUUCAACCACUGUCUGACCAUCACUGUGACCUAGACUAUGGAUUUAUUUAAGGGAUCAGUUAUCAUAUGAUUAGGGCUUUUUGGAAAUAGUUUGUUUCAUAUGUACAUAUAUAUAUAUAUAUUUUACAGUCUUAUCUGCCUUUUUAUCUUUGCCAAAUCUUUACCACUGAUUUACCAUUGCCAUAAAGUAGACUGGUAUAUGGUUAAUGUGUAAAACAAGGUUCUAACAGUAUUAUGAAUAUUAAUGUUUCUUGUUUAGAAAAUGCAACUAUAUCUAUAUGUGGGAACCAUUCUGAAGUUCAAAACUAUGGAAAAUUGAAUUUUCUUCGGACAAAACUGCUCUUGUGCAAUAUUUUAUGCUCAGUGAGCAAAUUGUGUAUUUAUGUUUAUCAAUUUGUUCUCAAGGUGGCUGUCUACAGACAUUUGACCAAGACAUACAUCUGAUUUACCUUGUGUUUUGUUUUUUUUAUUGGUUUUUUUUUUUAAGACGGAGAUUCACUCUGUCACCUA